CAGUGUCCUCUCUCCCCAGCACGCUUCCUCUUGACAGCGUUUCUUUCGUCGCUCUCCUCUCCCCCUCGCUGCUGUCGCAAUCCCGUUCCACGCGACACUAUCGGUGGGCUCUACUCGCCGUGCCUCUCGCGCCCACUCUGUUCCUCGCUCUCCCGCGCGCCGACGCCGUCUCCAUGGCGUCCGCUUCGUCGGCGGUUGCCGAUCCGUCGAAGUUUGGCUACCGGUCGACGGCGGAAGACGUGACGGCGGGCGUCGACUUGACCGGCAAAGUGGCGAUCGUGACGGGCGGCAGCAGCGGCAUUGGCACAGAAACGGCGCGGGUGCUGGUGCUGCGAGGCGCGUCCGUGGUGCUCGCGGUGCGCAACACGACGGCAGGGGAAGCCGCCAAAGCCGCCAUCGUCAAAGACAUUGAGGGGAGAGCCGCGGCGGAAGCGGCGGGGCAGGCGGGUAAGGCUCCGGUUGGGGAGCGCGUGAGCGUGAUGGCGCUGGACCUGGCGUCGCUCAAGUCGGUGCGCGCAUUCGCCGCGGAUUACCUGCGGCUCAACCGCCCGCUGCACGUGCUUGUCAACAAUGCGGGCGUGAUGCUGUGCCCGUUUAUGCUGACUGCUGACGGCUAUGAGAACCAAUUCGGCACCAACCACGUGGGCCACUUCCUGCUCACCAACCUGCUGCUGCCGAAGCUCAAGGAAACAGCGCAGCAGGAGGGCACAGAGGCACGCAUAGUGGUGGUUUCGUCCGCUGCACACAAGAUGCCGUACCCUGGGGGCAUUCGUUUCGAUGCCAUCAAUUCUAAGGAGGGGUAUGACUCCAUGAAGGCAUACGGGCAGUCCAAGCUCGCCAAUAUUCUCCACGCCAGGGAGCUGGCGAGAAGACUCAAGGAGGAGGGAGCACCGGUGGCAGUGAACGCGCUGCACCCGGGGGUGAUCGACACCAACCUCAUGCGGCACGUCGUGCCACCAGGGACCAUCUGGCACACACUUGGACGGGGAGCAUACAACCUGGUGUUCCAAUGGUUCAUGAAGACCAUUCCUCAGGGCGCUGCCACGUCGUGCUUCCUCGCGGCACACCCCUCGUUGGCGGGAGUGAGUGGGGGCUACUAUGCGGACUCACGGGAGGCAGAGGGCAGUGCGACAGACCUCAGCAGAGACACGCAGCUAGCUGCCAAGCUGUGGGAGCUGAGCGAGCAGAUGGCCAGCAAGGAAUGAGCGUUGCAGCGCCUCAAUAUUUGAGGCUGUGGAGGCUAAACAAGUGCAUGGCCUGCAAGGAGUGAUUGUCAACAAAUAUACAUAUCUUAGAUAGUGUACAUUUGCUAUAUCCUAGCUAGGUCAGUCCUUAGGGGGAACAACUCCACUCUUGUACCCCACUCUUCCCUUCGAUAAACACUUUUCCCCUAGUGACUUUUCUAUCACUACCUUUAC